CCAUGGACAUCAGGCCUCUCACAGUGUGUUUGGCUGUUUGUGCAGCACUCUUGGCAGUGUGUCAGGGCUGUUCUACAGGGAAAGAGUUCAUCACAACAUUUCUUCCUAAUUACCAGCGUAGCUGGCAACGGCCAAAACUCACUUUGGUUUUAACCGCUCAGGACUCCAAAGCCACUGUUACCAUAAAGGUCUGUUCAGUGAAAUUCUACCGGCGGCUGAGACUCUCUGCAGGUCAAAGCCAGAGGGUGUCUCUGCCAUGUGGAUCUGAGCUGAAGAAGCAAUUUGUUAAUGAAAACUCAGCGGUUCAAAUCUCAUCCACUGCUGCAAUCUCUGUGGUCUCUUUCAACCAGCAGUUUGCCUCAGGAGAUGGCACCGUGGUUUCCCCCACAAAAGAGCUAGGUACUGACUACUUCGUGUUCACACCCUCAGGAAGCAUUUCUUCCAUGGACAAGCUUGUGGCUAUUGUUAAUGGCAAUAGCAAGAAUAGGAUCAUCAUCUUACCAGCUGCUGAUGUGUCACUGAGAGGUGGGUGCAAGUGGAAGUGUGGGAAGGCAAGGAUCAUUCGCCUGGCACCGUAUGCAUCUUACCUUUUACGAGGUCAUACAACUUUGACCGGCACACGGAUCCGAUCCCAGAACCCUGUAGCUGUCUUAGCAGGCCACCAGUGUCUGGCCAUGGGUUACACCUGUGAACAUGUGUAUGAACAGCUGCCCCCUGUGCACCGCCUGGGAAAAGAUUACAUGGUACCCUGGACCGGCAGCUGUAAGACCAAAAACCAGGCAGUGGUAGUGGCUACUAAAGACAACACUGAGUUGACUUGGCACAAGGCCUCAAAGAAACAGAAGCUCAUGAAAGCUGGAGAUGUCACUGUGCUCCAACUGACCGGCAAACAUCCACAGUUUGUCAAGAGCAACAACAAAGUAAUGGUGCUGCUUCUCAGCAACAACCGUCCUUAUGACCCUUUCCUGAUAACGCUGAUCCCUUCAUGCAAGCUUUCCACUGACUGGGCGGUUGACACCAUGAUUGGGCUUCGUAGUACUGUGUCCAUUCUGUCCGAGAAGGAGGGGUCAGCCAGUGUGAAGGUGUGUUCGUCAGGAAGGUGCAUCUCACCUAGGUGGAGUAGCCUCCUGACGGACAAGCGCUGGGUGUGGUCCAAUGUAGUUGUGGGGUCUCAGUGGCAUCAUGUAACAGUGGAAGGUGACGCCCCUAUGGCGGUGUACGCCUAUGGCGGGAAGCACCGCCAUUCUUACGGCAUUGCAGGAGUUUGUACUGAAGGUGUCAUCCCUAGCCCAACUCCCCCAGACCCCUGUGAGAAGGUGAAAUGUCGAGUAAAGGAACGUUGUGUGAAAGGGAAAUGCGUUCACGUUUCUACAGCAACCUGUCGAGCGGUCGGUGACCCCCACUACAGCACAUUUGAUGGCCGACGCUUUGACUUCCAGGGUACCUGCACAUACAUUAUGACUACAGUUGCAAAGAAUGGGUCUGGCCUCACUGAAUUCAAUGUGAUGACCAAGAAUGACCACCGAGGUAACACUCACGUCGCAUUUGUGAGGACUGUUGGAGUCACCGUCUACGACCAAACAAUUACCAUCGGCAGACACAGGUCACAAGUGGAGGUCAAUGGAGAACUGCAGUCCUUGCCUGUCAGUUUGUUGGGGGGUAAGCUCUCAGUAAAGCAGAGUGGAGGCUAUGCUAGCCUCACCACUGACUUUGGCCUGAAUGUCAGAUAUGACUGGAACAUGAUGCUGUACAUCACAGUGCCUUCCUCCUACUAUCAACACCUGGGAGGCCUCUGUGGAAACUACAAUGGAGACAGCACAGAUGACCUGCCUGAAGCAAGGGACUCCAGUAUCUCUACUGUGCUGAAAAUGAUCAAAAAGUGGAAGGCUGAGGACUCGGAUCGGUUCUGUGAUGAUAACUGCGCUGGUCGCUGUCCUCAGUGUUCAGAAAAGCAGAAGGCCCACUUCAGUCAGCCCAGACUCUGUGGGGUCAUGACAAAGGCCAAUGGACCUUUUUCAGCCUGCCUCAAACAGGUGGAUCCCUCUAUGUACAUGGACAACUGUGUCUAUGAUGUCUGUGUCAAUAAAGGUGCAAGAAAGUUUCUCUGUGAUAACCUGAAAAGUUAUGCUGAUGCCUGUCAGUCAGAAGGAGUGAAAGUCAACCCUGAGUGGAGAAUGAUUACUAAAUGCUUCCUCUCUUGUCCAAAGGGCAGCCAAUAUAUUGCGUGUGGCUCCCCCUGCCCUGCCUCCUGCUCAGAUCCAGACAGUGAAAAGCAGUGUAAGGAACCCUGUGUGGAGGGGUGUCAAUGUGAUAAAGGACUGGUGCUCAGUGGAGACAGAUGUGUUCAUAAGUCUAGCUGUGGAUGUCAACAUAAAGGCAGAUAUUACUCACCAGGCAAAGCUUUCUGGGCUGAUAACACCUGCACUACCAAGUGUGAUUGCAUUCAAGGCAAAGCCAGGUGCAAAUCAGUGUCCUGUAAGAAGAACGAGCUAUGUGCUCUGAAGGAGGGGGUUAGGAAAUGCUACCCAACAUCCUACGCAACAUGCAAGGGCACUGGAGACCCCCACUACCAAAGCUUUGACCAACGGCGGUUUGAUUUCCAGGGCACUUGUACUUAUGUCCUGUCUCAAAUCAUCAAGGGAUCAGACAAGGAUCUGGAGCCGUUCCAGGUGCUGGUCCAAAACGAGAAUCGAGGCCGUAACAAGGCUGUGGCCUACACCAAGUCCGUCUCUCUGAAUGUGUUCGAUGGCAUCACUGUCAGCAUGAGUCGUGGCAAUGCAGGGAAAAUACUGGUCAACAGCCAGUCUGUAAACCUUCCUUACUCCAUGGAGGAUGGCAAGCUUUCUCUGUACCGGCAAGGCUACUUUGGCGUGGUGACCACAUCUUUUGGUUUGACGCUCAGGUUCAACUGGAACAGCUACGUCAGCUUGACUUUGCCCAGUUCAUACUCUUCUGCUACAGGUGGCUUGUGUGGAAAUUACAAUGGUAAACCUGGCGAUGACUUACUGAAACGGGAUGGCAACUUGGCUAACCACAUUAACGUCUUUGGACACAGCUGGAAGGUGGGAGGAGAUGCCGGCUGCACCAGUGACUGUCCUAACGGGAAAUGUCCCGAGUGUGAGCCUGCGCUGAUCCUGCGUUACGGGGACCAGAAAUACUGCGGCAUCAUUGCUGACAAACUCGGACCGUUUGGACAGUGUCACAGUAAAUUGGACCACACCUCCUUCCUCAAAGACUGUGUUUUUGAUCUGUGCAUGUACCAAGGCCACGCCUCCGCACUGUGCAACAGCCUAACAGCUUUCAGCACCAGUUGUCAAGAGGCAGGAGCUACAGUGGGGAGCUGGAGAACCCCGACGUUUUGUCCGCCGUCAUGUGGUGCAAACAGUCACUAUGAGCAGUGUGGCCCCCCCUGCCCGCUCACCUGCAGUGGCCUCGCCCCCCCAGAGGGCUGUGACAAGAGUGCCCCUUGCACAGAAGGCUGUGUGUGUGACGAUGGAUUCAUGUUGAGUGACGACAAGUGUGUCCCUCUAUCAGAGUGUGGCUGCCAGUACGAAGCACAGUAUUAUCUGAGCGGACAGGUGUUCUAUCUAGGAAAGGCCUGUAACACUCGUUGUGUGUGUACAGAUGAUGGACAAGUGCAGUGUGAUCCUAAAUCUGACUGUUCAGCCCAUGAGAAGUGUGUUGUGAAAGGAGGCUCCUCCUCCUGUGCUCCCAAAGGUGUGGGCUCCUGCUCUGUGAGUGGAGGCAGGAUGGUCCAGUCCUUCGAUGGACAGGCAUAUCCUCUGUUGGGAGACUGUUUGUUCUUGUUGGCACUAGUGGAGGAGAACAAAAGAGGGCUGGAGCCCUUCACUGUGUAUGUACAUCAGCAAACGCACAAGGACGGUUCGGUCUCUCGCAGUGUGGAGCUCCAGGUCUACGACAUGGAAAUGACUAUGGAGACAGGGGUCGUCUGGGAAAUCAAGGUUGAUGACAUCAGAGUCUCCCUCCCUGUGUCCCUGGCUGAUGGGAAAUUGCGUGCACAUCAAAAUGGCAUCAACAUCAUCAUUGAGAGUGACUUUGGUCUGAAGCUGACCUACGACACUUUGGCAGGGGUGAUCCUACAGGUCCCCUCCACCUAUGACAGCGCUCCACGGGGUCUCUGCGGAAACUAUAACGGCAAGCAGUCUGAUGAUCCGUCCUCUGCAGCAGAGAAGUCAGCAGACUCAGAGGAAUCUCUGGUCAUAAAGAGGGACGACAAGUCAUGUGAGGCCAGCUGUGGGGCCGCUUCCUGCCCUAAACCCGAUAACUCAAAGAGCCCAGAUGCCAAAAAGGCCUGUUACAUCAUCAGAAAUAAGAAGGGCCCCUUUGCAGGAUGCCUUUCGACAGUGAACCCGAAUCCAGACUACAGGGCUUGCGUCAGGGAGAUGUCGACAGAUGGAGCGGGCAAGGACAUCCUAUGUCGUCACAUCCAGAACUAUGUGACUGCCUGUCAGCUCGCCGGGGCAGAGAUCGAAAUAUGGAGGAGUGAUAGCUUCUGUCCUGUGACUUGUCCGGCGGGAAGUCACUAUGAGCUGUGCUCUUCCUCCUGCACCUCCACCUGCUCCUCCCUGCAGAGCUCAGGGUCCUGCCCCCCCUGUCAGGAGGGCUGCCAGUGUGACGACAGCCUGAUGUCUGACGGCGCCCGCUGUGUCACUGUGGAGAAAUGUGGCUGCGUGUUUGACGGACAAUAUUACAAGUCGGGUACAUCAGUGCUGCUGGAGGACUGCUCCAAGCGCUGCUCCUGUGAGGCGGGACAAUACAGCUGCAGCUCCACCAGCUGCCAGGAGGGGGAGGAGUGUCGCAACAAGGACGGAACGCUGGGAUGCUACUCUACGGACCCUUGUGCUGAGGUUGAGUGCCGAGUAAAGGAGCAUUGUGUGGUGUCAGAAGGCCAGGGAGUGUGUGAACCUGAUUCUACAGCCUUAUGUUGGGCUUUUGGCGACCCGCACUACAACACGUUUGACAAACGCAGUUACUCUUUCCAGGGAACCUGCACUUAUGUCCUCGUCAACACCACAGGUCGCGAUCCCUCCCUGCCACCAUUUACUGUGAUCAGCAAGAAUGAGAUACGAGGAAACCCUGAAGGUUCCUUCGUGCGUUCAGCCACUGUGGAGAUGCUGGGCCACCGGAUCUCCAUCCCCUCCUCUGACAGAGGGGUCAUACUGGUGGAUGGUAUUAGGACGGAACUUCCUGUCCUUCUGGAUGGAGGCAGCAUCUCCAUAACAGGAGCUGGAAUCAGAGGCACACUCCAGAGCAACAUUGGUGUUGAAGUUACGUUUGAUUGGGCCACAUUGCUCAUGGUGACCAUCAGCAGCAGUUACUUUGGUAAUGUGGCCGGUCUCUGUGGAAACUACAACGGCAACAAGGAGGACGAGCUGUUGGACGCUGGGGGCCAAACUGCUGCUAAUGUAACAGACUGGGCCGCCACGUGGAGCAUUGAGGACUACGACCCCUUCUGUUACCACUUCUGUGAGGAUGUGUGUCCUCAGUGCUCAGACCAGGACCGCAUCAAGUACACAGGUCCGGACUACUGCGGGAUAUUAAGCGACAAAAAGGGCCCUUUUGCUGGUUGUCAUGGCAGCGUGCCAGUAGCAGAGAAUGUGGCAGAUUGUCUGUACGAUGUCUGCACCAAUGAGGGACGGCAGGAAGUUCUGUGUGAGGCCUUGAGCACUUACCUAGCCAAGUGCCAGGAAGCUGGAGUGUCUGUGUUGCCAUGGAGAGAAAUUGCCAAAUGUUCGGUGACGUGUCCAGCCCACAGUCAGUACAAGGUGUGUGGCUCAGCGUGUCCCCCCACCUGUGGCCCUCAGCCCGAGAUCUGCCCUGAGGUCUGUGUGGAGGGCUGCUUCUGUGACGAUGGAUAUGUGCACAGUGGAAAGGAGUGUGUGAUCAAGGAGCAGGGCUGUGGCUGUAACCACAAUGACCGCUAUUACCUGCCAGGUGAGACCUUCUGGGCCGACUCGCUGUGUAACCAUAAGUGUGUGUGUGAUGCAGCCACACAGAAGGCGAAGUGUGAGCAAACCGCUUGUCGGAAGGGAGAGGAAUGCAGCGUUGUAGACGGAGUCCAAGGCUGCUACCCUGUGGGCUUCAAGUUGUGCAGCGCACACGGGGACCCUCACUACACGUCCUUCGAUGGACGCAAAUUCGACUUCCAGGGCAACUGUGUGUACAAGCUGGCCAGUGUGUGUGGAGAUGACUCAGGCCUGGAGCCCUUUGAGAUAAAGGUGGAGAAUAAUAACCGUGGCAACAAAAGAGUGUCCUAUGCUAAAGUGGUGACCGUUAAAUUCCAUGGCAACACAUACACACUGUCAGUGGACCUACCGGGCAGAGUACUGGUGGAUGGUCUUCAGAAGUCCUUACCAUUCUCCACUACAUCCAAUAAAACCCUGGUGCACGUUUACCCGAGAUACAGACAUGCUGUCCUCGAGACAAGCUUCCUUAAGGUCACCUUUGACUUUAGGAGUUCAGUUAGGGUGGAGCUGGCGACAAGUUAUCACAGUGCAGUCUGCGGUCUGUGUGGAAACAUGAAUGAUGACCCUGCUGACGACCUGAAGCUGCCCAAUGGGAGGCUGGCUGCCAACGCCAACGAGUUUGGAGUGAGCCAAUGGCUGGAGGACGCUCCGGGCUGCUCCCGCGACUGUAGCAACUGUGCAACGCCACUCCCCCCCGACUUCAAACCCCCCGGCUACACAUCAGUGUGUGAUGUCAUCACGGCAAAGGAUGGGCCCCUGGCUGACUGCGUGGGCCGGAUGGAUGCAGAGCAGUACCGUCAGGACUGUAUGUACGACAUGGUGCUGAACGACGGGGCACAGGAGGCGGCCUGUAACAUCAUCAGUGACUACGUGGAGAACUGUCAGAUCAAGGGAGGCUGUGUGAGGGCGUGGAGGAACAGGCGCUUUUGCUGGAUGCAUUGUCCAGCCAACAGCAUGUACAGUGUCAUAGCUUCUGGCUGUCCAAUCAGCUGCACCAAUAAAUCUCCACCUGUUGAGUGUAAGGCCGCUCCCAGCGAGGGCUGUGUGUGUAACCCUGGUUACCUGCAGAGUCAGGAUGGCUGUGUGCCGCUGGUGGAGUGCGGCUGCCUCUAUGAACAGCAGUACAUGGUGUCUGGUCAGAAGAUCUACCCUAACCCCGACUGCAGGAGCCUCUGUGAGUGUCGGGGGGGGAUGGUGUCCUGUAAGGACAAACCCUGCGAGAAGGGGCAGCACUGUGGAGUGCGCGAGGGAGUGAGGGGUUGCUACAACAGCAUCAAAUCUCCUGAAAGCCAAGGAUAGAAGAGGAACAGAAAAGCUUUUGUAAUGUUACAGUCUUACUGUCAUCAUUGUGAUUGAAGCAGUACUUCUUCAUUCAGCCACUAAAGGCUUUAGCCUAAAAGCUGUUUUUUUUCUGAUUUUAAUAGUUCCACUGUCAAACAUUUAAUCUAAACAUAUUAGGAUGUAAAUGUGUAUCAAAUAAUCAAUCAAUAAAAUCAGCACAUUA